AAAAUUACUUGAAGGUAUAUUUAAGGGACUAUAUCAGACAUAUCCUAAACACUGAGGACCAUUUAUGUCAUCUUCUCCAUUUACGUGUCUUCAUUGCAAUUCUCAGGGUCUCCCACCGACUCUUUGUUUUUUUGCAUCUGAAUUUUGCCGCGAAGCUUCAGAUUUCGCCCAAUUCUCGCCGGUAAAUCCCUCAUAUCCCGGCGGACUUCGUCUUCUUGUAAUCGAAAUGAAUACAGAAUAUGACUACCUGUUCAAACUUUUGCUUAUCGGUGAUUCUGGGGUCGGGAAGUCAUGUCUCCUUUUGAGAUUUGCUGAUGACACAUAUCAGGAGAGCUACAUAAGCACAAUAGGAGUUGAUUUUAAAAUCAGGACAGUGGAGCAAGAUGGGAAGACCAUUAAACUUCAGAUUUGGGAUACUGCUGGACAAGAGCGUUUUAGGACUAUCACUAGCAGCUACUAUCGUGGAGCCCAUGGCAUAAUAGUUGUUUAUGAUGUAACGGAUCAGGAGAGCUUCAACAAUGUGAGGCAGUGGCUCAAUGAAAUUGAUCGUUAUGCUACCCCAAAUGUUAACAAAAUUCUUGUAGGGAACAAAUCUGACCUCGUUGCUAAUAGAGUUGUGUCGUAUGAAACGGCUAAGGCCUUUGCUGAUGAAAUUGGUAUUCCAUUCUUGGAAACCAGUGCGAAAGAUGCUAGUAAUGUAGAAGAGUCUUUUAUGGCAAUGACUGCUGCUGUCAAGAAAAGUAUGGCAAACCAACCGGCCCCAAGUGCUGCCCAGCCUCCAAAUGUAAAUAUUCGUGGACAGCCUGUUGCUCAGAAUGGUGGCUGCUGCUCAUCUUGACUACAAGAGAAUGUCGGCUAUUUACUUGGCUCACUGCUCAGCCAUGACAUAUCUACUGUAAUCUCACUAAUCAACAACAGUGUUACCCUUGUGGCCUUGCAAAAUCCUGACAGCUAGAUAUAUCUUUUUAUUUCUUGAUGAAAAUUUUUAUCUUUUUUUCGAAGUGUACAAAUUGUGGACAGAAUGUUAGCAUUUUGUUGAAAUUCGACAUUUAGGCUUCUGCUCGACAUAUGUUUAAACAUUCGAGAUCGUGAUGGAGAGCAUAGCUUAUGAUCAUGCCACUAGGCAUUUGAAUAAAUUUCUCAUAGUUCAACAGAAA